CAUCUAUUCUCUACGAUUAUUUUAAACUAGGUGUGAUUAACUAUUCCUAUAUUUCUCUACUAAUUAAGUAAAUAUUAUCUCGCCAUAUAUAAGCAUCAUAUCAUAGACUAAAUGAGUGAAGAUACAAACUACGAAGAACUAGAAGGACGUUUAAAGAGUUUUGAAGAGUGGACGUUUACGACAGACCCAGGGAAGCUGGCAAACGCUGGAUUUUAUGCUACAGGGUACCACGACGUUGUUAGAUGUUUUGCCUGUGGUCUUGGGCUACGAUACAUGAAGCCCGAAGAUGACCCCUUGAUCGAGCACAUGAAGCACGGCCCGUCCACGUGUCACUUCUUGAACCACAUGUCUGACAAUACUCAGCAAGAAGAAACGGACGAGAAUGGUGCGACAAAUUCGACGAAUGGUGAAUCAGACGAAAUGGACGAGCUUUCUCGCCUAGAGGAGCAGAAUACACAACUGAGAGCGAGAACUACAUGCAAGGUUUGUCGCGAGAGACAAGCGAUCAUCCUGUUGCUUCCGUGUAGCCACCUUGCAACCUGCGUGCAGUGUGAACCAAACCUGAGCAUCUGUCCCGUGUGUAACAGACAAGUUAUGGAGACGGUCAAGACCUUCCUGGGAUGAUGUAGGAGGCAGAGAGAAAAUGCUGCUAACAUCUGAAUUGCUUAAUACGUUUGAAUUGAGACAGAACGAACAUCUACAUCUUUUUUUGUAUCCGAAAUUAAAUUUGGAUGAAAAAGUGUAUAACAUAUAUGUUCAUAUAUGAAACAAAGACAAACUAAUAUGUAUAUUGUUAAGUAAAGCAUUAACUGACUUUGAAAGAAAGUCAUCUAUAGAAUUAACAAU